GCAGAUUCCAGUAAAUGUGACAGAUUGCGGUGAUGGAACUUACAUUCUGUCGUUUGUGCCAGACUCAGCUGGCAAUCUAACUUUGGCUGUAACCGUCAAGGACAAAAAUAUACAGGGAAGCCCGUUCAAUGUAUCAGUCCACACCCUUCGACCCCACCCAGGAAUCUAUCACUGUUGCACAUUUUGUUCAACAAAUGGAAAUAAAAGUAUCACCUGUGCCUGUGGAGGCCAAAUGCCAGGCUACAGCGGCUGUGGACAUGGUCACUUAGGUCACCCUGGACAAAGGCAUUGGUCCUGCUGUGGAAACCUACUGCACAAUUCCGAGUGUACUCGAGACACUACUGUUUGUCAAUAAGAUAUUUUCACACUUAUUUCUUAAAUAAUAAAUUACACAAGGUUC